ACGGCUGCGCCAAUAAACAGCGAAUACAAUCGACUCGUCUGACUGGCUGCUUACGACACAACACUGAUUUGGGAUAACAAAGAGAAAACUUCUCCCGACUGUUUGACAAUAGACCGCCCAAGAAGGGGAGAUCGUGUCAGCGCCACCUUUUUGUGUUUGUUGUGGCGAGCAACGGUGCCAACUGAACCUGUGCGGUUCUUAAUGGGGACUUAUCCGCAUGAACCCAUAAAAGCGCCCAUGCGCAAUGCUGCUGCACUGGCACGUGGAUUCAACUGAGCAUGCGCUAGUCGGCACAAGCCACUUCUCCCUUCUGACAGUGACACUGUGUGAUAAUGGCUUGUCAUUUUCUAGUGGAAAGCACAACAGUGUUGACAGCUGACGGAGGAGGGGAUAAAAGCGACUUUUUUAAGCAUCGACCACGGCUGUUACCCAGAAGCUGUUGCAGCGUUAAUGACUCGAAGCAGAGGUGCAGUCGGUCCAGAAACAAGCGGCUGAAAGCUGGCUGACAGGAGGUUCUUCGCAUGGUACUUCGGCACCCGACCGUCCAGCCUGUCGUCUUAUUAAAUAUUCAGUUCAUCGCCAGUUGAGGGGCUGGAACCUUCAUGCAUCUCUGAAAUCGGAGAUAUUGACUGGGUGUCGGCCGAGAGCUUUGCGGAAGAGAUGAGCAGACGACAGGUAUUUGUUGGGCUUGUCGAUGUCAGCUUUUGCUUGUCGGUUCUUCUCCUUUAUCAUGCCGGCGGUUGGGCGCAAGCGUCGCACGGAUCCGAACUUGGCGAAGAGUUCCGUGCGCGAGGCAGGAUCUGCCUGGACGUGGAUCUACAGGGGGAGUUCGAGCGGACGGUGCGUGCAGUCAGGGGGGUCCUGGAUCUGUCGGACCGCCACCACCAGCAGAGGGUCAACCGCACCAUCUACAAGGGCCUGCUUAAUCACGUGAUCGGCCAGGCCAUCCACUAUCCGGCCCAGAUCCGGGGGGAGCUUCCUGAGGCGGAUGAACGGGCGGUCCAGGAGCUGGAGGAGGCUGGCUUCGUGGCCCUGGCCAGCCUGGCCAAGGGAGACUACUUUGCCGACGUCGACGCCGUUUCUCUCGCGGAGCCGGUCCCCAAGGGAAGCGUCGGGCAGGAUCCCGACGCCGACCGCCACUUGAAGAAUGGUGGGCCGUCGUUGGUGUCAACACAAGCCAACUAUUCUCCUCAUGUUGAGGACAACAAACACUCAGGGACUCCCCUUGCCGAUUCUUGCCAAACUUCAACUUGUGCACAGAGUGGCAACUACCACCAAGCAACUCAAACGAAUCUCCACUUGAGAAAACCAAGUCACUCGGGUACAUCCCCUGCAGGGUCAGGUCUGUUGCAAAGCUCUUUAUCAAACGAUCCCACUGUGCACGCAACACCUCACAAAGAUCCAGUUCUCUCAAAAUCAGAAAGUGUUUUCAACUCACCGCCCAGUGACGCUCCCAGUUUAGAAUUCAGCAAACCAAAGAGAGAAGGGGGGUCUCGGAAACAUAGACAAUCUCCCACCACUCACUGGGACAGCCUCGGCCGAUUGGUCAGCAUGGAAGGAGUUCCUGUCAUCGAGGAUGACUUGUACUGGUCUGCUGAAAUUGACACUGCAACACCAAAAGGAUUUAGUCAACGGGAGCUGGACGAGUGGAAGGACCGAAUAUCGAAACAAACGGUCCGAUCUUUUGAACCGGGCGGUCUCGAGAAGUGCGGGCGGGAGAAGAAUCGAUUCAUCGUGCUGGAGGACGGCUCAAAACUGUGCGCUCGGUAUCGAUACCCGUUACUCACUAGCAUGACAGGUGAGCUUUACAGCUAUCACCUUGCGCGCAUGCUCGGUCUGACCAAUUUGCCGCCAUUACACCUAUCGGUAGCUGCCACCAACAGCAGUUUCUGGCGAGGUCAGGGGUCAAACUUCCAAGACGCUGGAUGGCAGGACGGGAAGGUUGUGAUGUUAACCAAGUGGAUUGAGGGCCUUGAGAAGGCUUUUCUGCCAGAAACACUCGUUCAGGGACCACUUUCAGCAGGGGCUCUAGAAAAUGGAUGGAGGAAUCUGACCAUCGGAGAGCUGAGCUCUCUUGUCCAGUGGAGUGACCUUCUGGUGUUUGACUACUUGAUCGCUCACUUUGACAGGCUUACCAUAAACCUUUCUGGUGUCAAACACUACAAUGACAGCGCUAUUAUGCGAUCAGAGGUCCACAAUCUAGUUCAGCAUCCACACACCAAACAACUGUGGAUUGUGGACAACGAGAGCGGUCUGCUAGACGGCUACUCCUUCCUGCUGUCCGAGGGCAACCCCAACAGGCUCCUGCAGGGUGAGCUUCACGAGCAGCUCCUGGAGAUGACCUGCGUCUUCCGCCGCUCCACGGCGGAGGCCGUGCGCUCGCUGCUGGCCCAGCCGGACCCGGCGCGCCUCCUGACGGCCCGGGUGCUGGAGCAGGACCCGGUGAGCAGGGGACUGUUCCCGGAGCUCGACCGGAUCCCCCGGCACGCGGCCGUGCUGAGGGAGAGACUGGAGAGGCUUCAGGGUUGGUUCGAGGAAUGCCGGCAGAGGAAUGUCGCUGCGCGGGAAAACUCGAGCUUCUAAGUUAAAGUUGUCCUUAAGCAUACAUCGAAUGCUUAAGGAGGAUCGAGACGUCACUUCUCGGGUAAAACACUUGGUGUGCAAGUUGGCUAAACUCACACUUUCUCUACCUAUGGUCACACAUGAUGUCAUAAUACAUGUAAUAUGACAAGGUGCGUGGUGCCAUCUCGGUAAUGGCGUCUUACUCUUUUCACUGAUCGAGAAGCAAAGCUCUUUUCUCUCUCCUCCGAGCAUAAUUCUGGUCACAUUUAAGCAGGCGAUUGCUACAUCCAGAUCCAUCAUGUCAGCGUAUGUAUGCAUUGUAGUAGAACUGCAGCCAUUUAACGAAGCAGCAAAACAAAACUGAUACAUUGACAUGUCAGUAGGACCAAAGGAAUACCUGUAUGCUACGUGAGAAAUAUUGGUGACCAACCAGAAGGAUCUGUGUAUGGUACUGUCGAUUUGAAAUUGACUGGCACUUCAGUUAUUUUAAUGCGCAUUCUAGCCAAGAGUUGAAACCAGCACUGCAGCUGUAGUGUCUGACAUACAAGUAGGUUUUUGUUACAAAUAAUAGCAACUCUUUAAUUAUUAGAAAAUGUAAGCGACGACCAGUAGGGGUCUAGCAAGGACUUUUUUGACAGUCGAGUCGAAUGGGACUGUUUCUUUUUGGAAAUGCCUUUAUUUUGGCCCCAUGGGCUGACCAUACAAGUAGUGAUAUUCAUCAUUAUUAGAUUUCAUUGUUUUAGUGGAAUCCAGAUUUUAGAUUUAUCAUAGAUCAGUGUCACACACAGUUCUAUAAACAGCUCAAGUAAGCACUUUAAAGGGAGAUGUUUUAUAAAUUUUGCCCCGUUGACCACUUUAUUUUCCAUCCCAUGUCAUGUCCAUUUUCAAAGAGACGUAUUGCUGCAGUAUCUUGGACAAGAAUAAAAAUAUUCUUAGUUGA